UCCCUGCCCCUUCACCACCCUCUCACCCUGGCCCCACCCCACUGCAGCAGUGUGAACAGCGCCCACAGUAGCGCCUCCCGCUCCUCCGGAGGCUCUCAGACUCACUCACCCAGUUCGUCCUAUCGCUACCGCAGCCUGGCCCACCCGCCACCGGGGAACGCUCACCGCCUCAGCAGCGUCUCCUCCCACGACUCAGGCUUCAUAUCGCAGGACGCCAACGUCUACUCCAAGCCUCCCUCGCCCAUGCCCUCUGACAUCACCAGCCAGAAGUCAUCAAGCUCUGCAUCCUCAGAGGCAUCCGAGACUUGCCAGUCAGUCAGUGAGUGCAGCUCUCCCACAACGUCUGGCUCGUCCUUCGCUACCUUCCGCCCUGCUCUCUCUCACACUGGCUCCAUCAGGCCUCUCUCUGUCAUACUUCCUGCGUCCCCACCCUAUAACUACUCCCCUGGAUCCAACACUACCUCUCCCACAUCAAAGGUUCCUUGCUGGAAGGAUUGGUCCAAGGCAGGUUCUUAUGAGCAGCCAUUGGCUGCCACGCUUCAGCGGAGGAAGGAGCCCCUGGAUAGGCUGAAGGAGAGCGAGGCAUCCCCGGGCUCCCAGGGAUAUGCUGGUGCUCACCCAGACGAUGUCCAGAGGUCCCGAAUGACCCCCGCCACCAUCGCUGCCAAGCACGGCGAAGAGGUGUCUCCAGCAGCCAGUGACCUGGCCAUGGUCCUGACCCGUGGUCUCAGCAUGGAGCAGCAGAAGAGCAACAGGGACUCCCUGCAGUACUCUAGUGGCUACAGCACCCAGACCACCACGCCCUCCUGCUCCGAGGACACUAUCCCCUCUCAGGGUACCACUCUGACAAGGUCGGAUUAUGACUGCUACUCUGUGAAUGGAGAUGCUGAAGGUGAGGCGUCAACGGACUUUGACAAGUCCUCCACCAUCCCCCGCCACAGCAACAUCGGCCAGAACUACCGACGUAUGAUCCAGACCAAGAGGCCGGCCAGCACCGCYGGUCUGCCCAGUGGGGCCCAGGGCGGAGUGCCUGGAGGGGGAGGAGGCAUUGGGACYCCUGGGACUGCCACCAUCCGCCGAACCCCAUCCACCAAGCCGGGUGUGAGACGCACCCUGUCCAACGCGGGCCCCAUCCCCAUCCGCCCGCCCAUAGUGCCAGUGAAGACACCCACGGUGCCUGAUGCUCCUGGGGGGUACCCCGGGCCUCCGGUACGUGUGGGCAGUGAGGAGUGUGUGUUCUCCGUGGCGGAUGACUCCUCCCCCAACGCGUUGGAGUAUGUGAAGGCCUCUCCCAAGCGUCUGAGCCUGCCCAACACAGCGUGGGGGUCUGGGGGAGCGAUGGAGAUGAGUGUGUAUGUCCAGCACGGCUCUGAGGAGGACCAGAUGAUAGCCGCUAACCGCCACAGCCUGGUGGAGAAGAUAGGAGAGCUGGUGGCCAGUGCCCACGCCCUUGGGGAGGGACAGUUCCCCUUCCCCAACCUCCCUGAUGACCCCCCGCCUGGCCCGGCCCCCCAGCACGACCCACAGGCCCCCGGGUCAGGCACCGACGUGCUGGUGUCCAUCCGCAGGGGCGUGCGGCUCCGCAAGACCGUCUCCAACGACAGGUCAGCGCCCAGGAUUUUGUGUCUCUUUCACAAUUUCAUCUCAAUGGAGCAGCAGAAGAGCAACAGGGACUCCCUGCAGUACUCUAGUGGCUACAGCACCCAGACCACCACGCCCUCCUGCUCCGAGGACACUAUCCCCUCUCAGGGUACCACUCUGACAAGGUCGGAUUAUGACUGCUACUCUGUGAAUGGAGAUGCCGAAGGUGAGGCGUCAACUGACUUUGACAAGUCCUCCACCAUCCCCCGCCACAGCAACAUCGCCCAGAACUACCGCCGAAUGAUCCAGACCAAGAGGCCGGCCAGCACCGCUGGUCUGCCCAGUGGAGCCCAGGGCGGAGUGCUUGGAGGGGGAGGGGGCAUUGGGACCCCUGGGACUGCCACCAUCCGCCGAACCCCAUCCACCAAGCCGGGUGUGAGGCGCACCCUGUCCAACGCGGGCCCCAUCCCCAUCCGCCCCCCCAUAGUGCCAGUGAAGACACCCACGGUGCCUGAUGCUCCUGGGGGGUACCCCGGGCCUCCGGUACGUGUGGGCAGUGAGGAGUGCGUGUUCUACGUGGCGGAUGACUCCUCCCCCAACACGUUGGAGUAUGUGAAGGCCUCUCCCAAACGUCUGAGCCUGCCCAACACAGCGUGGGGGUCUGGGGGAGCGAUGGAGAUGAGUGUGUAUGUCCAGCAGGCUGCCCAGCACGGCUCUGAGGAGGACCAGAUGAUAGCCGCUAACCGCCACAGCCUGGUGGAGAAGAUAGGAGAGCUGGUGGCCAGUGCCCAUGCCCUUGGGGAGGGACAGUUCCCCUUCCCCAACCUUCCUGAUGACCCCCCACCUGGCCUGGACCCCCAGCACGACCCCCAGGCCCCCGGGUCAGGCACCGACGUGCUGGUGUCCAUCCGCAGGGGUGUGCGGCUCCGCAAGACCGUCUCCAACGACAGGUCAGCGCCCAGGAUUUUGUGAUGGUCCACAGCGGAGCGGAGGGAGCGCAGCCUGCACCCACCGAGGUGCCCCAACCACUACAUGACUUUGUAGUAAAGAAAUGAAUAUGACAACAGAAGAUUACAAAAAAAUACGUUUUAAUUAGAAGUAAAUGAUAAAUAACAAUAAUAAUGCUGAUAAUGAAAAAGUAAAUCGUGAAUAAUAAUGACAGGCUCUAGCCACUAUAACUCUAUCGUGUCUGGGCGCAUGUUUGUUUAAUUAGCACCACCAUCACCACRGGAUCCUCAGACUGUAUAUAGAGACUCUGUCUGGACUGGACUGACUGCUGAGAGAGAGAGGGACUGUUUAUAGGAACCUGGACUUCCAGCCACCCUCUCCACCUCCUCCCACAACCCCCCACUCCUCACCCAACCUCUUACCCCCCCAUUCUAGAGUAAAACAGAGGGAAGCAGGUGGCAGAGAGACAGAUGAAAAGUGGGGUCAGUAGGGGGCUCCAUCUCUCCCUUUAGCUCAGGCCACAAGGCUCUGACAAUGCACUGUUAGCUUWAAACCAUGGCUAACCGCGUAGGUGUGUGUGCGUGUAAGAGGUGGGCAGAGUUCUGCUGUAGGUCAGCUGGUUGUAUUUGAGGGUGAGGCUUGUCUCCUCUGUGUCGUUUGUUGUUACCCUCACACUGGGCACACACCGGCUAAAUCAACGUUGUUUCCACAUCAUUUGAAUGAAAUGACGUUGGACUGACGUGGAAUUGACGUCUGUGCCCAGUGGACUGUUUUUAUUGUGACAUUUCAUUUCCUGUUACCACUGUAUGAGAAACUACAAAAUGAAGCCAGGCGUAUAUAUUUUCUAAAUCCAGAGAGAACAUGUUAAUAAGAAAUGGAGCAAUAAAUGUGUUUUAUUUUCUGCUUGCGGAGUGGAGGAGAAACAGAAGCUGUUAUCUUAGGUUUAGGUUCUCUUUUUUUUUUWACUUGCAGGCAAUCAUCAAGCAUGCUCAAGUACAUAUGACAGUGGCUGUCUAACUUUGGCCAUUGGCUUUUCUCAAGUCCUUGCCUGAUGUGUUAAAAAAAAACAGAAAAAUCAUUGAAAACUGAAGCACUUUGAAGGUUAAUUUCUAGUGUGACCACUAGGAGUCAGUGUGGUCAUGCUAUGUGAUGAGACGAGGGUGCUGGGGGACUGAGACAGUUGGUUGUCAUGCGGUGUGCUGAGUGAGUGACACAGACCAGUGAGUGAAGCAGUUCAAUUGGUGAGAGAAUAGGAAGAUCGAAAAAGGAAGUGAUAAAGAAAGGUGGGAAAUGGGAACGGAAGGAUACGCCAUUUGCGGCAUGGUUAUGUACAAUGGGUCCGUGCUGAAAAGGUUGAAUUCCAAAAAACGGAUUUAUAAUUUAGAUCAUAACAUUUAUGUAAAGAGGGGGAUGGUAAGCUGCUGUACUUGUCAUCACCUGUUGUGAGUCUCAAACAUGAGAUCCAUAGCUCAUGUGAACCAUGUGCAGCCUUACUCGGGAGCUGGCUUUGCUAAAGACAUUAGAAUGAAAGUGACUAUAGCCAGGGAGAAACAGUGAGGAUAAUGUAAGGGGUUGCCAGAAGAAGAAGGGGGGAAUUUAUGUUUACAGAGUUAGCUGGAAGAGAGUUGCUGCAGCGGAGAGAGAUGGAAUGAGCAUUUCACUGCCUGUUCAUACUGUAAGCCCGAGUCGAGAGUCAGACGCACAGGAGGAAGUCAAGACUAGAAACUGUAUGAAUAUAUAUAUAGUAACCUUUCAUAAAAUUAUGUUGCUAUAUUUUUGCAAUAAUGUUAUGCUGUAGUCUUACUUUUGUCAAUGAAAAAAAAAAAGAACAAUUUCCAGAGAACAAUGAAUCACAGUGAUAUAGGAUCUGAGCAGGCAGAGAGCAUUAUUCUGACCGCUGUGCUGUAGGGUAGUGAUGAACUUCAUGGAUGUCUGCCCAAUGCUCCCUAGCAGUGACUGUUGAUGUCCUCAUCUUGACUACAAUGACCAUUACAAAAUGUAUCUCAAUGCUUAUUUUGUUUAAAAAAAUGUUUUUAAAAUUUAUUUAGCCUAAAUAAGAGCACUGUUUUAGAAAUGCCUGUGGCUGUUUUAAAGCGAGGAUCUGCUUUGAGAAGAUGAAACACCUGGUAUUGUAGAAUAUUGCUCAUCUGCUGGAGUGCCUGUAGUACUUCCGCAAGGGGCUCUGUAAGAGGGUGUGUGGGUGUGACGCGGCAGGGUGGUGCGGGGCGGCGGAGGAAGGGGAGAGACCAGCAGUCUGGAGGGAGUGGCCCAGGGUGGAUGUGACCUCCCCUGGCACAGUGCAUUCUCGACCAGAGGAUGCUCAUCCAGAGAAUGUCUGCAAAGCACAGGUCAGAACGAUGUAUAUUUAUAUAUACAUAUAUACAUACAUAUACUGUUUAAGAAGUUGAACACUAAUUGUACAGGUCAAAUUGCUAGAAUCUAAAAAAACGUUUUACUCACAUUACUUCACAUUACUGAAGAAAAAAAAGGCAAAUGUCAACUGUGUGACAGCAAUAUGGGAGUGUGUUUAUUAGCCAAUUUAACAAUACAACUUCUUGUCUAACAAAAAGGUAAACAUGUUUACUGUCUUUUUAACUGUGUAGACUUAACUCUGGCAAUUAUUCUGUUCCAAUUUCUUGUCAUGCUUGAAUUACUCUGCUUCAUUCUGAUUGUGUGUGAUGCUCCUUACCGUUCCCGAGACCCCAACUCUGUAAGCGUCACUUCUGUCAGAGCAUUAGAGAAAGACAGGAUGUGGCACAGAGACAGACAGAGCCAGUGAGACUGGGCUGUUUGCUAGUGUGUGUUAGACUGAGAGGACCCCUACAGGGGAACUACAGGGAUGUCAGUCUUGGUUGUCUCUCUGCCUGGGAUGAGGUGACACUCUCCAAGACCCCAUGGUGGAUGACUAGCAGUCACCUCACUCCCUCACACCCCCACAGCUGGGCUGUCUCUGGGUCUAGACUCUCUUUCCUCACUAUCACUCGCUUCUCGCCAUCCUCCCCCUGGGCAUAGAUGUCAGUUUAACGUCUAGUUUCGAUUUACAUUUGGUUGAGUUGUCAUCCAACAAUAAUUCAACAUUAAAUCAACAACAAAAAAUGUAUGUUAAAAGUUGGGUGCGAAAAAGACGGAAUGCCCUUGCGUUGAUUACUUUUUGCACAUCCAAUUAGUUUUCCAAGUUGAUUCAACGUCAUCGCAUAGUUUUUUGGGGGUUGGAAUGACGUGGAAACAACGUUGAUUUAACCAGAUUUUGCCCAGUGGGCUACCUCCACUUAUACUCUCAAUAAAUGAACUUGUUUCUUUUCAACCUCUUAUCCACCCAUCCACCACAACCCCAACUCAUACUAGCAGCUCACUCCAUAGCUUGCCUCAGCCUCAGCAUCAGCUCUUAAGCCAGAGCCAAGCCCAAACUCCCAACAGGACUUUGAGUGAAACACUUUCCCGCUGGGGCUAAUGCAAGGACAGGGAAUAACUGUGUCAUCACAAUAAAAUGCUGGUUUCACAUGAGAAGAACAACACUUCCAUGAGAACGUGAUAUGAUGUCUCAUGCUGGCUGGAUUAUAGCUAAUGAAAUCAUUUAAGUUAAACCUUAACUUCCCUCUAAGUGAGUGUUAAUUUGCGAUAAGUGCCCAUGUGACUUCUCUCUCUCAAAUGGGGUGAGUUGUUUGUCUGUGUAUCCUGCUGCGCUUGCCAUGGGUGGUGUGUCCAUAGUGUUAGCGCUGUCACGAGGGGAAUGGAGCAAAUGGAUUGAUGGGAGUGUUUUAGCAGAAUACACGUUUCUCUCCAUGUUGAGGUUUGCACAGUGCUGUGUAGAGACGUAUUUUUCACUUCCGUGUCUCUGCAAUGCAGCCACGGUCGCAAGUUACACUUAUUUAAAUAGCUUUUUGAAUACUUAUGCAGAUCACUUUCACAAUUUCAAUAAUAGAGAAAAUGUGCUUUCAUUGCCUUGUGAGUUUCACUGUGUGUGAUUUAAUACUCCCCCCGCUAAGCUAUAUAGAAAUAACAAUGGAACUCAUUCAUAAUGUGGGAUACUGGAUAUGUAACAGGAGUCUAUAGGUCUCAUUGGGUCUCCAUGAUGCAUUGCCUAACACAGAUCAACCUGUCCUCCCCCUCUUAAUCCUGGAUAAGAGCUUGGUUAAUCAGCCUUAUUACUGUAAGAACAUUUAAGAAAGAGUGCGUGACUGUCAGGAAAACCUCUGGACUAUAGUCAUUCUGGCCAACAYAGACCGUAACACUGUAUGCCUUUAUAGUUUAGGCUGGUGUUAAUGUGCCACCAGAAGACACACAGCCGUACUGUGACCUUGCAAAUCGCUUUGCGCCGUUAWACGGUGGCCAAACAGCCCAAACCCUUUUCCUUUAACUAGCUUAUAAUUACUAUGUUCAAGCAUAUGUGAGGGCAGGGAUUGAAUCAAGCUGGGCAGCUAUGGGGUGUAGGUCCUGUAUGGAGGUUAUACUGUACGUGGUCUAGGAGUAGUUUGUUUACAUUGUCUAUAGGCGUUGCGCCGGUGCGUCUUUGUGCUCGUGAAGUCUGCCCUGGCGUAUGUUGAGGAUCUCUGACACUGAUGGAAAAACAUAGACUCUCGACACAAGGUGGCUACACGCCCACUCUCCCACCCACACACAGCCUGUCCCCGUCUAUUUAAAAAGGCCAAUAAAGUCACCCCACAACGAUGUCACCAUCCGUUAACUCAACGCUGUCAGCUCCUGAGAUGUAGUCAGGCAGGGAGGAGGUGACUUCCAGGUGCCAUGGUAACAGAACUGAAUGUCUURUCACUUGUGGAUUCUCUGUGGYUUCUUCUCUCUUCCCCUUCCUCUUCCCAAAGCCCAAUCCAAUAUGAAAGCUAAACCACUGCGUCUGUGAACUUGACCGUCGCCACAGUUUUUAAUGRAGUCAUUAUUUUCAUUACGGUGUUGUGAAGAGAUAUGAUGUGUGCAUAUGUUUUUGUACAAAAAAAAAMCCUCCCUCCAAUGGAGUCACGUAACGCUACAGGUGCUGUUGUCUGUCUUCUACUUUCUCUCCUUCUCUUCUUCUUUAAUUUAUUGUGCCCUUUUUUCCAAGGCURUUUUGCCUCUGUUGCUGAUGACAAGUCUUUCUUUUUGUAAUAUUAAUCCUUUUAAUUUUGUUAACUUUAGUCACUGCUAAUGUAACAAAACGCACUGUGAUGAUUCCAGUAUUAAUAAAAGUUGUACUUAAACUGUG